AUGUUUCAUGUUGCUGAAUAUCCAGUGGGGCUUAACAACCUUGUGGAAGAUUUUGAAAGGCGUUGCCUUGAUGAACUUGUACAAGAUUUUGAAAACCAGUGCAGACUGCAGACUGUGAAGAAUAAGGUUGUGGUAGUUGGCAUUUUUGGAAUGGGUGGGUCGGGCAAGACAACUCUUGCAAAAGAAUUGUUUAACCGAAAGAUGUCUAAUUAUUCUAGAGCAAGUUUUCUGUUUGAUGUGCGAGAAGCAUAUGCGAGAAGCAACUUACCUUCUUUGCAACUUAAGCUUCUCAAAGAUCUCUUUGACACACGCCAUCUCAAUUUUACAAGUACAGAGGAAGGAACAAGCUAUCUCAAAGAUAAUCUACAAAGGAGCCCUGGGCAUUUAAGCUUCCUAAUUGUUGUAGACGAUAUCGAUCAUGUCCAGCAGUUAAACGCUCUACUGGUAAGGGAUAUCUUAAAAAAAUCUAGCAUAAAGAAAGCUCUGGUAAUUGUGACAACCCGGGACGUUGGGGUGCUUCUUGCCGCAGGGAUAACUGUUGGUUAUAAUUUAAAAGGAAUGGAUAAAAACCACGGGAGGAAACUCUUCUGUUGGCAUGCCUUUGGCCAAUCCCAUCCAUGUACUGGGUACGAGUCACUGGUUAAUGAAUUUGUAGACGUGUGUGGAGGGUUACCUCUGUCUCUCCAGGUUCUCGGCCGGCAUGUUCAUGGUAGAGCUCACAGUUAUUGGAGGUCACAAUUGAUUAAAGCUAGAAUGAUGCUGCCUCGAGAUGUAAAGCAAAGAUUGAAAAUAAGCUUUGAGGCAUUGGAUGAUGAACAAAAACAGGUUUUCAUGGAUAUUGCCUGUUUUUUUGUGGGCAUAUCAAAGGGUACGGCCGAAAGAGUAUGGGAGGCAUCAGGAUGGAAUGCUCAACAUGCACUGGAGACACUCAAAGAUAAAUGCCUUGUGGAAGAAAUCAACGAGAUUCGGGGAGAUGUAAUUUUAUUGAGAAUGCAUGACCACCUGAGGGACUUGGGAAGAGAAAUGGCACUUGAGCUCAGCCCUCCCCAACGCCUGUGGCGUCCUCAAGAUCUGAAAUCUUCGGCUUUAAUGGGUUUCAAAAAUGUCCUCACCAAAACCAAUAUGAGGUGUUUCCACUCCAUUUUUGACAAUUCCAUUGGUUCUCAAGUUACAUUCUUUUUAGGCCAAUCAGAUAAUUGUGUUGAGACGUCAGCUUCCUUGCUAUGGCUCAAGCUCGAGGGGAAUUCCACGGAACAAUCAAGUAUUCCUUCAUGGAUUCCUCUUCAAAAUCUGCAUCAUCUAGAAAUCCAUUCUGGACAGCUCAAAACGUUGUGGGAGAAUAACAUAGAGGCAUCUUCCCGCUUGAAAGAGCUGCUGAUUUAUGAAAACUCUUUGAAAGAGUUUCCAGAUUUAUCAGGAAUUUCAGAUAGUUUAGAAAAUGGAUUUUUUGAAAGCCUUGAAAAGCUUGUGAUUAGCGGUGAAUAUUUUAUGUCCAAGAUAUUAAUUAGUGGAAUUCACUAUCCCAGCCUUGACUCGAUCACACUUGAAUACAUGGGAAAUCUUAUGGAAGUGAAUUUAAGAAGUGUAAAUAGCUUAAAGUCACUUACUAUUCUAUAUUGUAAUAAACUCACAAGAUUGAUAGGAACAUCUCAUCUUACAAAUCUUGUCGUAUUAAGGAUUACUCAAUGUCCAGACCUUGAGGAGCUAAGGCUUGCUCAUCCGAGCUGUCUUGAAAGGAUCAAAAUCGGUUACUGUAGAAAGUUGAAAAGUGUGCUGGGAAUAUCUUAUCUUCUGAAGCUUGUAGAACUGGAUAUUUAUUAUUGUGAGAAGCUAGAGUUCGAUCACUUGAGUCUCUCUGGUAUGAAAUGUCUCGAGAGGAUGACAUUUGAUAAAUAUGUAAAGGUGAAAUAUAUUGAAUUAGAUAGCUGUCAAAAUUUCAAAACAAUACAGUUUGGUUAUGAAGAGCUUGUUGAAUUAAGCAUUCAGGGCUGUCCGGAGCUUGAGCUUGAGCCAGUUUUCAGAGGUCCAAGUUGCCUGGAAAAGAUUAUAAUUGAUGGAUGCAGAGAGUUCAAAUAUCUUCAAUUGGAUGGUUGUCAAAAUUUGAAAACAAUACAAUUUGGCUGUGAAGAACUUGUAGAAUUAAACAUUCGGGGCUGUCCGGAGCUUGAAGAAUUGAUAGUUUUUAGAGGUCCAAAUUGUCUGGAGAGGAUUAUAAUUGAUGGAUGUGGAAAGCUCAAAUUUCUUCAAGUGGAUUGUGAUCAAAAUUCAAAAAGUGUGUUAGGAAUAUCUAAUCUUGCAAAGCUUGUAGAAUUGGAAAUCUGUCGUUGUGGGAAGCAUGAGUUUGAUCACUUGUGUCUCAGUGGUCUGAAGUGUCUCGAGAAGAUUAAAUUUGAUAGACUUGUAAAGUUGAAAUAUUUUGAAGUGGAUGAUUGUCAAAUUUUGAAAACAAUACAGUUUGGCUGUGAAGAGCUGGUAGAAUUUAGCAUUCGAGGCUGUCCGGAGCUUCAAGAAUUGCCAGUUUUUAGAGGCCCAUGUUUAUUGGAGAGGAUUAUAAUUGAUGGAUGUGAAAAGCUGAAAUGUCUUCAAGUGGAUGAUUGUCAAAAUUUGAAAACAAUACAGUUUGGCUGUGAAGAGCUUCUACAAUUUAACAUUCAAGGCUGUCCGGAGCUCAAAGAAUUGCCAGUUUUUAGGGGCCCGAGUUGCAUGGAGAGGAUUAUAAUUGAUAGAUGUGAAAAUCUGAAGUGUCUUCAAGUGGAUGAUUGUCAAAAUUUGAAAACAUUACAGUUUGGCUGUGAAAAACUUGUAGCAUUAAGCAUUCAGGGCUGUCCGGAGCUUGAAGAAUUGCCAGUUUUUAGAGGGCCGAGUUUCUUGGAGAGGAUUAUAAUUGAUGGAUGUAAAAAGCUGAAAUAUCUUAAAGUGGAUGAUUGUCGAAAUUUGAAAACAAUACAGUUUGGCUGUGAGGAGCUUGUAGCAUUAAGCAUUCAGGGCUGUCCGGAGCUUGAAGAGUUGCUCAGUUUUAGAGUGCCAAGUUGCUUAGAGAGGAUUAUAAUCGAUGGAUGUGAAAAGCUCAAAUGUCUUCAAGUGGAUGAUUUUCAGAUUUUGAAAAGUGUGUGCAGAAUGUGUAAGCUUGUAGAAUUGGAAAUUUGUAGUUGUGGGAAGCAAGAGUUUGAUCGCUUGUGUCUCCGUGGUCUGAAGUGUCUUGAGAGGAUUAAAUUUGGUACACAUGUGAAGGUGAAAUAUUUUGAAUUCGAUGGUUGUCAAAAUUUGAAAACAGUGCAGUUUGGUUGCGAAGAGCUUGUAGAAUUAAGCAUUCGGGGCUGUCCGAUGCUAGAGGAGUUGCCAGAUUUUAGAGGCCCAGGUUGCCUGGAAAGGAUUAUAAUUGAUGGAUGUGGAAAGCUGAAACGUCUUCAAGUGGAUGGUUAUCAAAAUUUGAAAAGUGUGUCAGGUAACUUUGGGCUUAGACAGUUGAGUAUUAUUGAUUGUCCUGAGCUUGAGGAGGUGCCACCUCUUGACAGACUGAACUGUUUGAAGAGCAUUAUAAUUCACAACUGUGAGAAGCUGCAGAACAUAUCAUGUGUCAAAGAAUGGCAUGUAUCAAAUUAUAUGAGUUUCUGUUAUUGCAGCAAUGCACUAAUACGGAGUUGCAUUCGUAAGUUGAAGAAUGUGCAGUCAUAUCGUCCUACUGUUUUGAUUGGAAGGGCAGUGGAUGGAGCAGAGUCAACUUUAAAACAGUUCUCGUUUUCUGAAAUUGAAGCCUAUGCACUAACUAGUGUCUACAGGCCAAAAUUGCAUGCAUUCAUUGUAUGCUUUGUGAUAAAGGUCGAUGGCUCUUCUCUGGUAGGGGAUAUAAAUAAAUUUCUCACUAGUAUUUUUCAGUUGGAGGAAGAUGAAGAGCUCAAAACUGUGCAUAUCUUACGUAAAAUUGUUGAUAAGAUAUAUCAUUCAUAA